GCUUGCUUCUCCCUCUCUCGCCUGAGCGUACCUUUUUCUCUCUCCCACCCGAUUGCUGUUCUAUUUCAUCUCUCCUGCUUGGUUUCAGAUUCUCCGGCCUGAAUUUAAUUUCCCUUACAGAUCGGCGUCCUCAUCCUUGAAUUUUUUCCUUCUUCCCCGCAGCUACUAUUUUUACCCCUCUGUGUCUGAUCCGUCACAUCGCAUUGCCACCAUGUCAACCACCGAGGCCCGCGAUGCGGCCAUCCGAGAGGCGAAGCAAUAUGUUCGCGACAUUGUGCGAAAUGAUUGGGCCUUCGAAUUAUCCCCAGAAUACGGUGUCCCAUCGUUCUCGUCACCCCCAAUCCCGGAGCAGGACGUGCUCGAAUGGCGCCUGCGCGAAUACGACAGCUCCGGCUCCGAACUUGAACCCCAGUCUUCCCCAACGAUCAGUCCGGCCGACAUUCAGCAGCUGCCUGGCUUCAGCCCUUCCGAACUCUUCAGCCCCAUCGCGACACCUCUGGGAGAUGAUUCGGAGCGCCGGCGCAAACGUCGCCGCCAGAUGGAGGAGGAGAUGCGCUGGAACGAAGGGUUAAGAGUGUGGGUUGAGCGACGAGAUGCGUGGUCGGGAGCCCAGACCAAGGACGAAAUCCGCACCAAACACUUGAAAGAACACCAGCAAGAACACGGCGCCGAGUCGUCGUCGCUGUCAUCGGACGCGGCGCAGAACCAGCAAGGGUCUUCUUCCCCCAGCGCGGCAAACCUCGUCGCCAGGACGGAAGCCUCUCUCAAUCUCGGAGAGGCGAAAGAUCUGGCGCCGCUAGACGGCGUUGAGACAGAGCAAUCAGCAACCGCAGACGACAAGAAAGAACCGACUGCUUCCACGGAGACCACCAUCAUCGAACCCGGCCCCCACAAAGAGGCAUCGAGCGCAACCACGACGACCUUAUCAGAUCAUCCCACUGCACAACAACAGCCUCGAGCACUUGAAGAGCCGUUCAUCCCAGUCGUCCCCUCCCUGAUUUCGAGCACCAACCCCAUCCGCGCCUCCAUCACCCCAGCCAUGUACCCCUCUAUCUACUCCAAAGUCGUUGUCCAGGGUCUCACGCCCACCGUCCCCAUCAACCUCGCCGAUGUCACCAAAGCUAUGGUCCAAGGCUGGAAAGCUGAUGGCCAAUGGCCCCCCAAACCGACGUCGAUUGUCUUACAAGACGACGCCACCAUCCCCCGUCGACCGGAAGACAGCACGACGACGGCAGCAGGCGGGGACCGCGCGCCUUCGUCGCCCGAGUCGAAACGCCGGAGCGGUGUCGCCAGUGCCGUCCGCAAGGUCUUCCAUUUCUCAGGGUUUCAUCCCCAUCCGUUUCACCGGAGAGGAUCUUCGAGUCAACAGAACAAUGAAGCACAAACGCAAGCUGGCGCUGCUGGACUCAUAGUCCAGGAAUAGUCUAAAAGCAGCACCAGCAGCAGCAUCACCAUGUCGGCCCAGCUCAUUUAUGAGCAUACGCAUUCCGUUUCUACCUAUGUGUCCCGGAUUGUGGGAUGAGGUGUCCUUCCCUCCCUCUUGAAUAAUGACGACUUUCUUCUUCAUAUGCCACGUAUGUACGCUUAUGAUUCAAUCAUGAUACUCUGCUCGUUUCUUGGUCUUGCAUGCUUCGAAUUGCUAUUUACUUUAUGAAAUAUUUACUCUAUGACGUAAGAUGGUGGUGGUUUGGACCUUUCUCCUAGUAUCAUGCAUUGAUUUCACUAUGCGUUUCACUUCUGGUUAGAGGAUACAGCAUAUCCCAAUUUGUCGU